GACCUCAGCGCGUUGGCCCGAGGUAAACAACGCUGCUGGGGCCGGGGCGGCCAUGGCGUGCUGCUGCUGCUGCUCAAUUUGAAGCAACGACUUAAAAUGGCCAGAAACACAGAGGACGUACUGGAUUCUUGGCUGUGAUCCCGUCGAACAUUUUUGUUCAUUCAGUUUAUCCUUCGAUCUUGCUCGUUGUCUUUAGCCAUGUCGUCGCGCGUGUUGAUGCGACAGCAGCUGAUGCGAGAACAAGCACAGGAGCAGGAGAGGCGAGAGGCCCAGCAACAGGCCUCUGCCUCUCAGCUCCGGCCCACUGACACCACUCCUGCCAUCUCCGUCUCUUUGCCUCCAAAUUCUGCCCGCCCCCCUCCAGCCCAAGUUCCUGUGGAGGUGCUAAAAGUGCAGACCCACCUAGAGAACCCUACCAAGUAUCACAUCCAGCAGGCACAAAGGCAACAGGUGAAGCAGUACCUCUCCACCACUCUGGGUAACAAUGCAGUUACUCAGACGCUUGGUGUUUCGCCUGUGCCACAGUGCAGCUCCGCCCCUGAGGUUGCCCAUACUGCCACCAGUGCCCCUAACAGUCCGAUGGCCCUACUUAACAUCAGUUCCAACAAGGAGGAAAUGGAAGAUGUAAUAGAUGACAUAAUUAGUCUUGAAUCCAGUUUCAAUGACGACAUCAUCACGUUAAUUGACUCAGGUCUUCAAUUACCUAGUACGCUCCCAGGAAAUCUGUUGGAUGUGUAUCAUAGCCCUGGAAUGGCAGCACCCACUCUGGCUGUCAGCAACUCAUGUCCUGCUGAUCUUCCAAAUAUUAAAAGGGAAAUUACUGAUGCUGAUACCAAAGCUUUUAUGAAGGAGAGGCAAAAGAAAGACAACCACAACUUGAUUGAGAGGAGGCGAAGAUUUAAUAUUAACGACCGCAUAAAAGAGCUUGGUACUCUCAUACCCAAGUCAAGUGACCCCGAGAUGCGCUGGAAUAAGGGCACCAUUUUGAAGGCCUCUGUGGAUUACAUCCGCAAGUUACAAAAGGAGCAACAUCGAACCAAGGAUAUUGAACUGCGCCAGAAAAAACUGGAGCAAGCGAACCACAGUUUAAUGUUGCGUAUCCAGGAGCUGGAAAUACAGGCCCGCAUCCAUGGCCUCACUUCUAACGCCAGUAUCUCUGGUCUGAGCUCCAGUCCUGCCUUGCUGCAACAGCACCAGCAAAUCCUUCAGAAUGGCCAGUCCCUGCAUCCCAGUGCAGAUGCAACAUCCGGGCAGAACCUCCUCAGUUUGGGUGCGGCAGCUACUGGACAGCCUCUGCCCACUGCCUUCCUCUCCCCACCUUCCUCAGACUCUCCCGCUGGUGUCACCAUUAGCAGCCCUUUAGAGUUGGGCAGCCUGAGCUUCGCAGAGCUAGAGGACACCUCCGCCUCGUCUCUCUACCCUGAUGUCGGCUUGGGGGACAUUCUUAUGGAUGAUGGAUGCACACUCUCUCCAGAAGCGGUGGCUGAGCCCCUCUUUUCUCCAUUGUCACCGGGUGCCUCUAAAACCAGCAGCCGCAGGAGCAGCCUCGAUAUGGAUGAAGACUUGUGACAUGCUCGGAGUGGCACACGCGUGCUCGCCAGGACUGAAUGUCAGCAUGCAGUCUGUCUCUAAUGUUAAGUGAGUCUGUUUGUAGGACUGUUGCCGUUUGAAGUAAAUAUUCAGAUUGAAAAUAACCUAAAUGUUAGUGGGACUAACCCUCUUGUCCUGGUACAUGUAAAUGUUAUUGGUGAUCCUAUUGAGUGCUGGUUGAGUGAUUAUGUCUGGGUGUGCAUAUGCAAUAGUAUUGAAACAGAAUAUUGUACACUAUAGGGUAGUUUACAGACAAUAUAUGAAUAAUUUUUCAUAUUUUUCAAGAUUUAAGAGUAAUAUACAUUUUUGCUUGAAUUAUUAUGUGGUCGUAUACAGAAUACUUUCUUGGCCUUAUUAAUGUAACAGUAUUGGCAAAAUCAAAAAGGUGCAAAGAUAUGUUUUAUUUUUAUUUUUUUACUGGAAUCAGGGUUUGCACAUGUGUCCGUGUUGGUAUAUUUAGAGAGGGUAUAAAAGGGAUAUGCUUAAAAAGUGAAUUGGCACAUUAUGAAAUGCUUUCCCUCUUUGUGUGAAAAUAAGGAUAUUUUCCAGAAAUUCAUUGCACCUUAUGUUAUUGCAGUCUAUGCAUUUUAUGAGAAAUCUGUUUUAUAUAUGACACAAUGGGUGCAUGUAUUCUUAUGAGUGUUUAAAUGCUGCCGCUGCUGCUAGUUAGCCAAAGCAGGACUCAAAGUAGCUACAGUGCAAAUUACAAAUCAAUGUUCUAUUUUUCAAUAUACUCAGCUUCACAAUAAAACACAGAGAACAGUUUGAUUUUUUUAUAAUAGUGCUGCAGUUAAUUGUAUUUUUGAUACCUAAAUAAUUGGUUGAUGUGCAUGUUGUUUCAUGUGACUAAUAUUUGUGUUUGUGAUUGUUAUUCUCCAUUAACCUUGGUGAUCGCUGGCUGAUUUUACCAGAUCAUUUCAUUUGAGUAUUUUUCAUUAUAGUGGGGGUGUAAAAUGAUCUUUAAAUGCAUAGUUUUUUUUCUUUUUAAUAAACCACUAUUUUACAGGUAUACCAUGAGGUAAAGAUAACACGGCAUUUAAUUCUUUAGUUGCAUCAUGCAAGUAGAAAUAAAUGAAUGUGUACUUGUCUAUGCAUGUUUUUAGUUUUCAAACACUGGGGCAAUGUAAAUAAGAAUUUGUUUCAGCAGGUUUUGAAAGUGGUAUGGUUGUAUUUGCAAUUUUGUUGGUGUUACAAAAACAUGAACUGAACCAGCCCAAUUAGUUUUUAAGUUACAUUGUUGUCCACUCCUGGAAUUUAUAUACUCUAAGGCAUACCCCUUCUAUUUUAUUUCACAUUAGCUAGUUUGGUGUCGUGCCCGAUUGUGCAAUUCUAAAAUCAAGCACCAAAUGAACAGCAUUUUGUUGCUUUCUGAAACUUAAAAGCACAUCCAGCCUUUCACAAUUGUAUGAGAAACUUUGUGUGUUUCACCUGUUAAUUGUAUAUGCUCAACUCAGUGUGUGAGUAAAUUUGAACAAAUAAACUAUUCUUUCAUGUGUUUA